UUGUUGUAAUGCAUUUGUUCAUUUUCAAUUGAAAUUAAAGCACAUGUUUUCUACAUAUCCCAUGAUAUUUUAUUUUCUCUUAUGAGGUGAAUUAUCAAAACACUCCAUCCAUCUGCUCCUGGUCCGGCCCCCCUGUCAAAUUUUAGAACCCUUUGUGGCCCACAUCAAAAAGUUUGCCCACCCCUGGUAUAGACAGUAAUGUCAGCAGAAACCCAAGAUUUGGUUAGACAGAGGUUUAACAAUAAAGUGAUUAAACAUGACAAGAUAUAGGAGUAUUGUCUCACAAAUCACACUUCGAAGGAGCUAUCAGAAAUUUACAAAAUAUCAAGUUUGAUAAUUACCCUAAUUGCCUUUGGUGUUAAGAUGGCAGGGGAAACAAAGGAGCCAGCAGCGGGGAUGAAAAAGGAGCCAGUGGCAGGCGAGAAAAAAGAACAGAAGAAACCUCGCCGCCAUUGUAAUCGCAACCCUGUACUGGCCAGGGGCAUUGGCAAGUAUUCUAGUUCUGCCACAUUUGCCAGAAGGGCCAUGUACAAGCGCAAUUACAAGGCUCCUGAAAACAAGGUUGAGAAGAAGUUGAAGGAAAAGAAGCCCUGCACCAUCACCAAACCUGUUGGGGGAGACAAGAAUGGCGGAACUCAAGUUGUCAAAAUCUGUAAGAUGCCACGGUAUUAUCCCACUGAAGAUGUUCCCCACAAAAGGCUCAGCCAUGGUAACAAACCUUUCAGCCAGCAGAAACAACGUCUACGGAAAUCCAUCACUCCAGGAACAGUCCUUAUCCUGAUGACUGGUCGCCAUAGAUGUAAGCGUGUAGUUUUCCUGAAGCAGCUCGACAGUGGCCUGCUGCUGGUCUCUGGCCCUUUGAUUCUUAACCAUGUUCCACUGCGAAGGGUUCACCAGAAAUUUGUCAUUGCUACAUCUACAAAGAUCAAUCUGUCUACUGUGAAAAUUCCCAAGCACCUGACUAACUCCUACUUCAAGAGGAAGAGGCUGCACAGGCCCAAACACCAAGAAGGAGAGAUCUUUGACACUGAGAAAGAGAAAUAUCAGCUAACAGAACAGUGGAAGAUGGACCAGAAAGCUGUGGAUUGCCACUUCAUGUCUGUUAUUAAAAAGGUCCCCCAGCUUCGUGGUUAUCUCCACUCAACGUUCUAUUUGUCAAACGGCGUUUACCCACAUAAAUUGGUCUUCUAAGCAAGCCAUAAAAGUUGACAUUUAUUAAAACUGGUAUUACAGUAAAAAAAAAAUAA